AUGUCCGCUGCUAUGGCUCUCAACAGCGGCCCAGCCUCCCGUAUCAGUCGUCAGCCCGGCAGACCAUCAGCCGUCUACAACAGCAGAGACCAUGCCGAUGGAUCCAAUAGCAGCGCACACCCACAGGCGGGUCCUUCGAGGAUGCCUGCGUCACAACCAGACUCCCGUCGUCUGCAACACGAUGAUCCAGUCCGCACUGCUCAAGAAGAAGCAACGCGCGUCUGGAAAGCUGACAUGCGCAGGCUGCUAGAACGAGCCGAAGAACGCUUUGCGGAUGUCUGCUGGACUACCACCAGCGCUGAACCUCUCGAUCAGCAGAACCAUUUUGACUCUGACCUCGGACACUCGACCAGCGCUUACUCGAGCAGUGUCGGUCGCAACAGCUCCGACACCGCUCACGCACGCAAUACAUUGAUACCACCGCAAAGCCCAUCCGAAGCUUCAUCAUCAAUACCCAACUCAACUGCAACUUCCGCCGGCACACUCAUAUGGGCUCACAAGGCCAUCCUGUAUGCACGCGCCCCCAAUACGUUUCAAACCCGCUUCUUGAACUUGCGCUCGCCUGCUGCUCAGCUUGAGCAUAUCGGUUCCACUGCCAGCCUCGUCUCUCUUCCUUUGCAGAGCAGCGAAUCCCAACUGUCGCUUGCAUCCGACUUUUCCAGCUCCACCCAGACCGGCGCGGCAGCGCCGCCCAACCCCUCUGCUUUCUCAUCGAAUGCAAACACGCUAUCUAGUCGGACGGGCAUCCCAGCCAAACCGCGCAAACCGAUUCGCGGCGCAGCUCCUCCAAGCAGCUUCUCCAUGACCAGACCGUCCUUGCGCAAACCCAUUUCGCGCGCCAGUAUAUCCAGGCCCUUGCACAAAGGGUCUAUCGACGACGCAGGCUCCUACACUUCAGGUUUCGCCACCAGCGACAGCGAGGGCGAAGGGGGUCCAGCAUCCAGUCUCCGAGCAUCUCGCCUUAUCAAUGCUACGCCGCCCGCAACAGCACAGUAUGCAAACCUCACGUCACCCUCGAAACUAUCUCACACUUCCUCGUCCAUCGGACACGGUUCGAGCGCUCCCGUGCGCAAAUCGUCCUUUGCUUCCGUCACAUCUGCAGCCGAUUCCCAUCUCACAGAGACUCGUUCUGUCGUCAGCGAUGCCAGCACCCUACGUGCUCCAAUCAGUCUGGGUGAAGUCAGUCCGGCCUUUUUCGAAGCGACACUCCAGUAUCUAUACACAAGCGAAGAAGCCAUGGUCGACGCCUUUGAGUUUCUCUUCGAGGAUCGCUUGGCCUCCGAUUCGGAAGUCACCCCCGACGAGAAGCUCGACAAGCUUCGAUCAGACCUUACUUUCAUGUGGCGCAGCAAGCUCUACUCCGACGUCAAGCUAGUGCUUGGUGACGACGAUGACGAUGACCAAAGCGAUAAUGGCGACGGUGGCGGCAGGCAGCGCCGAGUUGGUUCAACAAAGAUGAUGGACAUUCCAGACGCCAACAUGUCUGUCUUGUCAUUGGCACAGACCGUCGACACGGACAGGAUCGACGAAUCGGAUGCCGAGGAUGACGAGCUUACCUCCUUUUCCACCCAUCGCAUGAUUCUCGCUUCGCGCUCCCAGUACUUUGCCUCGCUGCUGCUCUCGCCGUAUGCUGAUUCCCGGGCACCUGUGCUGCACUUGCCGUCGCCACCAUUCACGCCUGCCUCCCUUCAUUUCACACUUGGCUUUCUCUACACGGGCACGCUCUUUUUCUCCAAUCGCACCUUUGACCUCUCGACCGCCUUCUCCUUGUGGCGGGCAGGCGCCUAUUUGCAGAUCGAGACGCUCCAAGCGCUCGUUGCUACUCUCAUCGAACGCGAAUUCUGCCACGGCUUCGUAUGCUCUCCACCGUGUCGCAAGUGUGUCAGGCGUGUACCGCGCACACUUGCCUUUGCCACGAGUCCAGACGUCAGCGAGCAAACAUUGCAGGAGUCGGCGAUCGCCGCAGUCUCGGGAGCACAUUUCGGAAUGUACUGGGCCAAAGACGUCGGCAACCUCGAUCCGAUGCUUCAGGACCGCAUUGUGGACUCGAUCUCCGACCGACUCAAUCAGGAUCCGACUCUCGUGGUCUCUGUGCUUCGGCAGCUCUCGAUCGUCGGACAGCGCAUCGAUACGGAGCGGUCGAGUCGCUGGGUGGAGUCGCUGCGACUCAUGGCCGAGACCGUCGAGAACCGCGUGAUGCCCAUCCUGCACACCAACCUGGACAAAAUUGUGCAGAGCGCUGCAUGGUCCGACUUGCUGGACGGCAUCGGUUCACUCGGCGACGUUCUCGAAAAAUGUCUCGUGAUGCUCAUCGACGGCCUGACCGAGUCGAGAGCUGGUCAGGUGUAUCAGACGCUUGUGGGGCAGGUGCUGCUGCGAGAGCAGGGUUUCGAAGUGGCGCAGUCGAGACAGGCGGUGGAGACGGCGCGAGGCAGCAUUCUGCGCUACCUUCAGAAACGCUGGAUCAACGUUCGCGCUCUGGCAGGUUUCAACAAGCUCGAAAAAUGGUGUUUGAAGGAGCUGGCUGAUGAGCUGGAUGUCACGACAACAGAUCUCGUCUUGCCUCAAGAGGUGCCGCGCCCUUCAAAAGCUGUGGGUCCGCCUAGCCGGUUGAUGGCCGCGCGGAGGACAAGCUCGCUUGCCAGUGGCAGUGUUGGAGCAACAAGCAGCGGCACCGGGCCAACGUCCUCCCUCAGCCCUGCCGCAGCGAGCUCAAGUCGCCUCAAAAGUCCUUCUGUAGCUUCGACCGCUUCGCUAUCCGGGAAUGCAGCUUCGUCGACGACGACGAAGAAGCAGGUGCGUGACGAUGGAGAGCGCGAGGCCGGACCCAUCCAUAUGCGAGCAGCUGUGCUCAACCGCAACGCAGCCAGGACGUCAGUUGCCAACGGACAUCGCUCUUUGUCCGCAACAUCUGCCUCGGAAAGUUCCGCGUCGUCUUCAACAGCACGUCCCAGCGGCUCGAGCGUCAAUGGUGCUUCUCCGAGGACAACGCCAAAGAGCAAGGCUGUGUCCUCUGUGACACCGAACAGCACGAAGACGGUGACUGCGACAAGAAGUGCAAAGCCGAGCAGCGCCAGCCCGUCUGUUGCCAGAUCUGCGGCCGCAAGUGGUGCAGCGUUGGGCAAGCAGCCGAGGCUGCGUACUACCAGCGGCAGCAGUGUCGCUAGCCUGGCAAGCGCACGCUCGACCAACGCCAAAGCUUCUCAUUCAGCUGCUGCUGCAACAGCAACAAGUCCAGAUGGAGCGCCCACUCCAACACGUUCAACAACGCGCCGUGCCGCCACGCCCGACGCCAACAGAACGCCCGCUAAACACAUCCGCAACGUGCGCUCCACAACCACCCUCCCGUCUCGCUCAACGACCAGCACCAGCACCAGCACCAGCCACGACAAUACCAAGCAAGCAUCCUUGUCGGUCGACAGCGCCGCUGCCGCUACCGCAGACAAAUCGACCAAACAACCGCCUGUUCUUGGCCACAAGUCCUCCUUCCUCCGCGCCACGCCUGGUCCAGGCGGGACAUUCUCGCUCUCGUCCACCGACUCAGGCCGCGAUCUGCGCGCUCGAACCAUCAGCACCGGCUCCACUACCAAGAGGGACGCAGGCACCGCUGCAAACGGCAAGGCUUCAAGCGUUGGAUCUCGAUCGACGACUCCAACCAAAACAACGCCUCGAAGCGAUCGAAAACGCUCCACCUCCCCGUCGUCGGUGCGCGGUAUCGCCACCAGCAGCAGUGGGGAUGCUAGUAGGACGACCGCAACAGGAGCUCGCGUGGAGGCCAUGCCGGUUGAUGCGCUGGUGAACGUCGAGAGAGCACGCCAAUUGCCGAGAAGCGAUUCGACAAAGACGAUGGUGUACCGGCCGGUGGAUGCCUCAGCGGUGGACGCAGAGGCGGUGGCGGAGGAGGGUGGGGUGAGCUUGCACGUUGGCAUCCCGUGUAUUGUUUCGCUGCCUUUGGGUGGCGGUGGGGUCGAGGGCAAGACGGGUGCACCGGUGCAGAGGAAGCCGGUCGGCGGACCCGUAAGGCCCAUGGGGGUGAAAAAGACGGCCAACGCUUCGAGUGCUACUGGGCGGGCAUCAGCGUCGGCCGCAGCCGCGGCCCCAGGUAGGAAAGUGCGCGCACAGGUGCGCUACCUGGGCCCCGUCAGCGGACACACAGGCAUGUGGGUGGGUAUCACCGUCUCGCUCUCACCCUCUCACAUCAACUCUCUCUUUGCAACCUCGAGGGUAGCCUGCCCAGUAAGGCUAACAGACGGCUACUACAAUGGUGUGCGCUACUUUUGUCCGGAUUGCACGCAGGCAGUCGAGGCGGAAUGGAGAAUCGAACGGCGCAUGACCGUGUACGAACAGGUUGGCGCCGCCACGACGCAGGUUCCAGAGAGGGCCAAGACGCAGGCGGCGGCGACGGCAAAAGCGGGGACGCGCGAGGACGAGAAGCGCGCAGAGGCGGAGACAGCGAGCAAGGACGCCUUGACGGUCGUCGAGCUGUUCGUGAGGCCGGCGGACGUGGUUUGGGUUGUGCAGUGA